GGUGAGUCCUUUAUCAGCUGUCGGUGCACACUGUUGGAAGUCAGUUGAAUCUCAGACACUCCAGAGGCAGCAUCCUUCGAUCAAGAACAUCAUUCGUAUUCAUCUAAUCAAAUGCCCACAAGAAGUAAGGUGGCCAAAAGUGUGCAAGCAAAAAUUAUGCAUCCCUUCCAGAGAUUGUGAUAUUUGAUGCAAAUUUGAAAGAUUGAGUGAAUUCGAUUUCGAAAGCCAAGUGAAUGUUAAGUGUGUAGGAUAUUAUUUACACGUGUCUGUUAUCUGUUGAUUGUUCAUUUUGGGCACACCAACGCCAAAAGCUGAAAAUGUCAGCCAAUUGUUCGAUUACCAUUACCAGCCCUCAGGAGGCCAACACCAAAAGCAGCCUGAUCGUGGUUUCCAAUCGGUUACCGUUCGUGUUGAAGCGGGAUCCCAUCACGGGGAAACUUUUCCGCCAUGCCAGCGCCGGCGGUCUGGUAACGGCUGUAGCACCCGUCGUCAUCAAGGGUAAAGGUCUCUGGGUCGGCUGGUCCGGUAUGACGCUAAACGAGGAGGAAGCUAACCAAAUUCCCGAAUCCGAUCCGUCCGAUCGCACUCCCACGGCAGGUCUGCUAUCGGAGCAGGUCGUUUCGGUCAACGUGGAGCCGAAGCUUUUCGAUAGCUACUACAACGGUUGUUGUAAUGGAACCUUCUGGCCACUGUUCCACUCGAUGCCCGGGCGGGCAACGUUCUGUGCCAACAACUGGCGAUCGUACUAUACGGUGAACAAGGAGUUUGCCGCACAAACAAUCGAAGCGUUGGAGAGAUGUUUGAGGCAAAAGAAGAAUCCCGGAGUUCCGAUUAUCUGGAUUCACGACUACCACCUAAUGCUGGCGGCUAAUUGGGUUCGAGAAGCUGCCGAUGAACGGAAUCUGCCGUGCCAUAUAGCGUUCUUCUUACACAUUCCUUUCCCACCGUGGGAUAUCUUUCGAUUGUUUCCAUGGUCCGAUGAAAUCCUACAGGGAAUGCUCGCUUGCGACAUGGUCGGUUUCCACAUUCAGGACUACUGUCUGAACUUCGUCGAUUGCUGCCAGAGAAAUCUUGGAUGUCGUGUUGAUCGCAAGAAUCUACUGGUAGAACAUGGCGGUAGAUCGGUAAGGAUUCGACCUCUUCCGAUCGGGAUUCCAUUCGAUAGAUUCGUUGAACUUGCUGAAAAAGCAAAGCGUGUGAUUAAAACCAAGCAAAAGAUUAUUCUUGGAGUAGACAGAUUGGAUUACACGAAAGGAUUGGUCCAUCGUUUGAAGGCUUUCGAAAUACUGCUGGAGAAACAUCCGGAGCAUCGUGAGAACGUAAGUUUACUACAGAUUUCGGUUCCUUCCCGAACCGAUGUUAAAGAGUACCAGGAAUUGAAGGAAGAAAUGGACCAGCUGGUCGGACGGAUAAACGGUCGCUUCACGACUGCUAAUUGGUCUCCGAUACGGUAUAUUUUCGGCUGCGUUGGGCAGGAGGAUCUAGCCGCUUUCUAUCGUGAAUCUGCAGUCUGUCUGGUCACUCCGCUUCGAGAUGGUAUGAAUUUGGUCGCGAAAGAAUUUGUCGCUUGUCAGAUUAACGAGCCACCGGGGGUUCUAAUCGUUUCACCAUUCGCCGGAGCUGGUGAAACGAUGCACGAGGCACUGCUGUGCAACCCGUACGAGAUCGAAUCGGCCGCCGAGGUGAUACACCGAGCGUUGAAUAUGCCGGAGGAUGAGCGUUCCCUGCGAAUGGCACGUUUGAGGAGGCGCGAAAUGCAGCAGGACGUCAACAGCUGGAUGCGGCAUUUUCUGAAGGCUAUGGAUUCGCUGGAGGAGGAUGAUAUCGGAACGACUACGAUGCAACCGGUGACCGUGGAUGAUUUCGACGAGUAUCUUCUUACCUACGUCGGCUACAACCACAAACUGGCUCUGUUGUUGGAUUACGACGGAACACUGGCACCGAUUGCGCCCCAUCCGGAUCAAGCAACACUGCCGCAGGAAACCAAGAACGUACUGCAACGACUUUCCAACCAUUCGGAUGUAUACAUUGCCGUCAUUUCCGGCCGUAAUGUGGAAAACGUCAAGAAAAUGGUUGGCAUCGAAGGGAUUACUUACGCCGGAAACCACGGGUUGGAAAUCCUGCAUCCGGAUGGCAGCAAAUUCAUACAUCCAAUGCCGAUUGAAUACGAGGAUAAGGUGACGGCACUGCUGAAGGCUCUACAGGAAGAGGUUUGUCAUCAUGGUGCCUGGGUAGAGAAUAAAGGUGCUAUACUCACAUUCCACUACCGUGAGACACCCGUCGAAUUAAGGGCAGAACUGGUGGCAACAGCUAGUCAGUUGAUCGUCCAGAAUGGGUUCAAAGCUACCGAAGCGCAUUGUGCGUUGGAAGCGAAACCACCGGUUCAGUGGAACAAAGGUCGCGCAUCGAUCUACAUUCUUCGCACGGCGUUCGGCGUCGAUUGGAGCGAACGAAUCAAGAUCAUCUAUGCCGGUGACGAUGUGACUGAUGAGGAUGCUAUGAUGGCUCUCAAAGGUAUGGCCGCCACGUUCCGCAUUACCAACUCCCAAAUUGUCAAGACUUCAGCCGAGCGACGUCUUCCGUCGACGGAUUCGGUGCUCACGAUGCUGAAGUGGGUUGAGAAACAUUUCAUGGGCCGUAAACCUCGCUCAAACAGUUUGACUUAUAAGAACCGAAAGCGUGAUUGCGUCAAGAUGCAACUGGCGUUCGAUCUGGUACCGAACACGAGUCCGGCCAACAGUGCAGCCAAUAGCUCGGACGAACGAGACUAGGGUGAUGCAGUUCUAUAGUUAAUGUUUGUGUUUUCAUUAAGAUCGUUUUAAAAAAAAAGUUUCCUGUUCACGUAAAAUUUAAUUUUACUUGUGAGUGACGUUGCUGUUUUAUGACUUUGAGAUUUAUUUGAUAAGGCAUGAUGAAAUUUAGAUAAAUGUAGAAGUAAGGCCAACC